UUUCUGUCGGUGACAUCAUACUCGACCAGUCGGUGGUUCUGUUCUGAGAAAGGGUUUCCCUACGUUAGUGACUCAUUCGACGUGUUUUUCUCGUAAAGGUCGGGUUAUUUUCUACUUCUCCGAUAUUUUCAUAACGUAAAUAAUACGAGCCUCUUUGAUAAAACUGAAAGUGUAUAGUUUUUUUAUGUAAUAACGAAAUAAUACAGCUGUUUUCUAAAGUUUAGUCGAUCAAGGUUAACUUGAUUAAUAAAUAAAACAAAAUGAAGUCUGAUCUCAGCGAUGGCAUGUCAAAUCAUUCGGAUUUCUCAAAUGAUAGCCAAAAUUCUGUUUCCACCGCAGAGUUUUUGACCAAUAUGGGAAAUGGAGUUAUCUUAACCCAAUCCAAUUUUAUAUCUCUCGAAGGUCUCAAUUCCGGAGUCCCGACACGAACUACGCCUACAUUGACUCCGACCACGUUACGAAACAUAGAACAAACAUUUAUCGAACUUCAAUCAAAACCAGAAAGUCACGAAAAUGAAGCGGGAUUCGUACCACCUUUAGUGCAUUCUAUUGGGCACAACCAGUAUAUCUCAGCUUCAGACGCCGACAGCUUUUCAUCGAAAUCCCAGCCGACUUGGCACAGCAACUUAUCUCAAUCUAGCUCGGAUUGUGACACUCGUUUAACUCCACCAUUGUGUCAGAAAAACUCUACUAGCAGCGGACAAUCCCGUAGAAAUAUGGGAGGAAGAAAACCCACCAAAGAUCUCAACUGUAGCCCCGAAGAAGAAGAAAGGAGAAGAAUUCGAAGAGAAAGGAAUAAAGCAGCAGCCGCUAGGUGCAGGAAAAGAAGGGUCGAUCAUACAAAUUCAUUGAUAUCAGAAACUGAAGAUCUCGAACAAAAAAAACAAAAACUCCAAGACGAAAUGCUAGAAUUACAACAAAUAAAAGAACACCUAGAAUUUCUCCUCGAUACCCACAAAGUGUCGUCGCAGUGUCGUUUGAAUACGCAGAGCCCCCCGGACAUCAAACCGUACAACAACAAUCACUACACCCCCGAACGCGUUAAAACUGAAUACAUAGAACCAAUGAACGACAUAUUCUUACUUCCUAGCCCUACGAAAAAAAUAAUGUUUUCAACAGUGCCAAUAUCGAAACCUACUAGACCCAAUACCCUCAAUGUAGGAGCCACAGCACCUAAAACAGUUUCAGAUAUACUCGGUGGACCGAUAUCCACACCUUCCUCUGGUUUAUUGUUCAAUUUUGAAUCUCUAAUGGGCGGGGGUACUGGACUAACACCCGUUUCAGUAGCUACACCUUUAGUGCCAUCUUGUAGUACGCAGCAGAGAAAUAUUCCGAUAGGACUUUCAACGUCCAAUAGAGAAAUCAUCCUUCCUGAUCGUAAUUGUUUCUUUAACUUCGAUUUUUAAUAAUUGAAAAAUCCCUAGCGAUGAAAAUUUAUAAAACUUGGUGAUUUUCAAUAACUUUAUACAUAAUAUAUAUUUUGUGAUAGUAAUACAAAGUGAUGUAUUUGUUUCGAGAAUGUAAUAUAUAUAUUUUGCUACGAAACCAUGAAAUGCCUUUUUUUUAUAUAUAUAUAUAUAUAUACACACACAUAAAUAUAUAUAUAAAAGAUUCAUAAUAUAUAUUUUCAAUUAGCAAAAAUAUUCCCUCCAUUUAAAUGUUUCAAAUGAAUUUAAGGAUAUAUAAUAUAUAUUUUUUGAUAUAGGAGUGCUUCUCAAAUAAAAGCAAGUUUGUGUUAUUAAUUAUAGGAAUUUUAACGUUGAGUUGCAGAAAGCCUACUUAACAUUCGAGUGAAUUUAUUAUUAUUAUUAUUAUAUAUAAUGUUAAGGGGACUUUUUAUAACUUGUUAUAAUAACGUUAAUCGUGAAUUAUGAGGCUAUUUGAGGUGCCCUGUUCGUUUACCAUUAGAAUUUUUCUAAACAUACUUUUUUGCAAUAAAGCGCUUCUCAAAUAGCCUCGUACUUAUUUUCUAAAUAAAAUUAUAUAAAAUUUAAUAUAUUGAUACUAUAUUUUCAGUAUAAAUAGCAAUAUUUAAGAUUACAUUUUUUGUAAUCAGUCAAUUUUAUAAAAGUAGUUUUUGUCAAAGUUUUGUAUUUAUUUGCUGUAAUGCUAAUUAUAAGAAAUACACUUACUAUUUUCUAAACCGAUUCUCUUAUUUU